AUUGGCUUGUGAUCCUUGUUUGACCUUUGUGCUCAGCACAAAACGUUUUACAGGCGGCGCGUCUCGUGUGAUUUGCAAGAGUCUGAGGAGACGCUGUUAAUUUCUGCAGAAAUCCGCCGUCAUCCAUCACUUCAAAAUGACGGUCGGCAAGAGCUCCAAGAUGUUGCAACACAUCAACUUCCGGAUGCGGAUAUCCUUACAAGACGGCCGCACCUUCAUCGGCACGUUCCUGGCCUUUGACAAACACAUGAACCUGGUGCUCGGGGACUGUGAGGAGUUUCGCAAGAUCAAGCCCAAGAGCUCCAAGAUGCCAGAGAGGGAGGAGAAGAGAGCCCUGGGUCUGGUGCUGCUGAGAGGGGAGAAUCUUGUCUCUAUGACGGUGGAAGGGCCACCUGUCUCAUCGGACGAAGAGGUUCCGUCUUCAAGUGAUGAAAACCCUGGACCUUCCAAGUGGAUGUUGGUAGAAGAAAAUGAAACUGCUGGCAAGGGACAGUCUUCAAGAGAGGAAAAUCUUGGACCUUCCAAACAGACGUCACUUCUGGGAGAUGAAGCUGAUUCUGAGGGGCCAUCUUCAAGCAAAGAACAUCCUGAACCUUCAGAACAGACUCCAGUUCUGGGAGAGGAAGAUGAGCAAGGUCCUUCGAAGGGAUCACAGACAGCAGAAAACAGAAAGAGGAAAAGCUCAGCCUUAGCAGAGGAUGAAUUGGUAAAACAAAGGCCAGUGAAAAAGACUGCUGGAGAAAUGGGAGAUGCAACUGCAGGGGCUGAAGAACAGAUCGUAGAUGUGAUCAUCGAUGAGCCAGCCCAAGAUUCACAAGAUCAAGAAGACGAGGAUGACAUUGAUUUUGAGUACAUCAUGCCACAGGGCCAUACUUUGAGAAGCUUGCAAGAAAAGGCUGCUGCUACUUUUGAGAAGCUCCAAAAGGAACUCGACAAGAUAAAGGAAAAUGCAAAGAAAACUGUCGAAAUAUCAGAUGUACCUGAUGAACCUGAAGCGCCCUUGUCUCCUUCAAGGAAUGAUGUAGACAGUGGUGCAUCAGAGGCCUUCCCUGCGCAAUCACUAGUGCCUCCAAACCUAACAGGAGGCCAAACGAUGGAUGAUGUCAUGGACAGAUUGGAAACCAUCACCAACAAAGAUGGAGAGCAACAGCUGGUGGUUAGACAGGAGGUGCUGCAGCCCCUGGCAACCCUUGUUCCUGAUCAUAAGAAGAUUGGCAGGGAGCUGGGGAACAUGUUGUUCCUUGAUCAAGAGCGAUUGAAGUCAAAUUGUCGGGGAGUGAGAGGAAUGGACAGACUAGAUCCAAAACGAUUGAAUGCCAUGAAGAGAGCAGUGUUAAAAUUAUGCCCUGGGAAUAGCGAAGAGCAAGACCAGAGGUGGAAGGCAGUCAAAGAAGCCGUGGAUGCAUCCAGUCGUCACGUUAGAAGGAAGGCUAAAGACUAUUUGACUGUUGAAACAGGCAGGGUUGAACCUGGUGCUGCCCUGCCUCUGUCGAGGGAUAACGUAACCAACGAUGCACCACUGGCUUUCCAGUCAUCUACACCGGUGCCGCCAGCAUCCCAACCACUACCAACUCCCAUCUCCAUUUCAGUCUCUACUCUUGACACCAUGCCCCAAGCUUCAACUCCAACGCUGCCUCCCUGUUUGAGACAGAUGACAACUCCGAUGCCUCAUACUCAGACAGCACCUCAUGUACCCCUGACACUUCACUCGGAACAAACAAUACGCAUUGACGUACUCGAGAGGGAAGUGGCCAUUUUGAAGGAAGCCAUCCCCCUCCAAGAUGAAAAAUACCAACGAUUAAUGUCCAUAUACAUGAGAAACUACACAUACCUGACCAAAAGCGAAACGAUGGCUGACAUCAUGGACAAAUUGGAAACCAUCACCGAUGAAGACGGAGAGCAACAACUGGUGGUCAGACGGGAGGUGCUGCAUCACAUGACGGCCCUCGUUCCUGAUCAUAAGAAGAUUGGCAGGGAGCUGGCCAACGUUCUGUUCCUGGCUGAAGAGCGACUGAAGUCAAAUUGUCGGGGAGUGAGGGGAAUGGACAGGCUAGAUCCAAAUCGAUUGAGUGCCAUGAAGAGAGCAGUGUUACAGUUAUGCCCCGGGAACAGCGAAGAGCAAGACCAGAGGUGGAAGGAAGUCAUAGAAGCCGUGGAUGCAUACAGUCGUCACGUUAGAAAGAAGGCUAAAGACAACAUGACUGUUGAAACAGGCAGGUUUGAACCUGAUGCUCCCCUGCCUCCGUCAAGAGAUAGCGUUACCAACGAUGAACCUAGUGCUCCCCUGGAAAGCAAUACCAAAGACAGUGAUUUAUCAGGGGCCUUCCAGUUAUCAUCAUUACUGCCUCCAGUAUCCCAGCCACAUCCGCACCCUGUCUCCAUCGCAGCGGCUACCUCAUUUUCAACAAUGCCUCCUUUGCCAACGCUGACGCUUCCUCGGCUGUCUCCAACACUGAUGACACCGCUUAUUAUUCCCACAUUUCCCUCUGACCAGCUGACACGGAUUUCAGCACUGGAAAGGGAUGUCGCCGGUCUGAAGCAGGCUGUGGCCCUCCAAAGUGGGAAAUAUCAACAUCUGCUCUCCUUAUAUGUGAGCUCCAACUCCAGCGGAACAAAGAGCGAAACGAUGGAAGACGUCAUGGACAAAUUGGAGACCAUCACCAAUGAAAAUGGAGUACAGCAGCUGGUGGUCAAACAGGAGGUGCUGUUGCCCCUGAGAGCAUUUGCUCCCGACCAUAAGAAGAUUGCCAGGGAACUAGGCCACAUGUUGUUCCUUGACGAGGAACGAAUGGCGUCCAAUUGUCGGGGGGUUAGAGGAUUGAGCAAACUACAUCCAGAGAGGUUGGGUGCUCUUAAAAGGGCGGUGCUUGAACUGUGCCCUGGGAACAGUCAAGACAGAGAUCAGAUGUGGAAGGAUAUCAAAGAGGCAGUGGAUUCCUACAGUCGUCAUGUCAGGAAAAGGAUCAAGGACAAAAUGACUUGAAAUAGCGAACCAAG